AUGGUCCGUAGAGUAACUGAAGAUGAAAUAAAAGAUGCUAUGUUCUCAAUUGCAGGAAAUAAGGCUCCUGGUCCGGAUGGGUAUACAUCGGUGUUUUUUAAAAAAGCGUGGGAUGUGGUUGGGAAAGAUGUCUGUUUAGCGAUUCAAGAAUUUUUUCAGAAUGGAAAUGUGACAUUUGUGCUUGAUCGUAUCUUGCAGUGGAAUCGGAAGGUUCAUGGUUCAAUGAACCAGAUGUGCUGUUUGUUAUGUUAUGCUAAUCUUGAAACGCAUGAACACCUAUUCUUUCAAUGUUCUUACUCGGAUAAAGUGUGGAAUCUUGUUCGAAGCAAAGUGGGUAUGAACAUGGUUGAUGAGAGAUGGGAUGAUAUUGUUGAAUGGUUGAUCCCGAGAGCAAAAUCCAGGGCUAUCCGCAUGGUGGCGAGCAGACUUGUGGUUGCAGCUUCGGCGUAUGGUAUAUGGAGGGAAAGAAACGCUAGAUUUUUUAGUAACCGGGUGAGGCCGCCAGAGCAGAUUUCGGAAAUCAUUCUAGAUACGGUGCGAACAAAAUUAAUCUCUUUCAAGUUUAAAGCUAAUAAUGACGUUAGAAGCUUCUUGGAAGAGUGGAAGAUCGAUGGGGUCGAGUUUUUUAAUGAAGACUAG